UUUUCUUAUCAACGUGAUUUGUUAUUGUUUCUUGUUGAAGUCUGUGUCAUUUUCAGUUAAUAAUUUUCGUAUUUAUCGAAUGAAUAUAUAACUUGCGGAUUGUCUAAGUGUUUCGAAAAGACAAUAUGGCACUUGAUGUUGAUCAGCGUCUCAGAGAUAUUCAGAGAGAAUAUCUUGAUUUUUUGGACGACGACGUGGAUCAGGGUUAUUACAGUCAGAGUGUUAAAGAUAUGAUUACGGAUAAUGGAUGUCGUCUUAUUGUUAAUAUUAAUGAUCUCAGAAAGAAGAAUCCUAAACGAGCUCAGGAGCUUUUAGAAAAUUCAUUUGAAGAACUUGUUGCAUUUCAAAGAGCAUUGAAAGAACUUGUUUCUGGUGUAGAUACUACAUAUGCAAAGCAGUUUGAAGAAUUUUAUAUUGGAUUGGAAGGAAGUUUUGGAUCGAAACAUGUAACACCUCGUACUCUACAAGCUCGCCAGCUUGGAAGCAUUGUUUGUGUAGAAGGAAUUGUAACAAAAUGUUCUUUGGUUCGUCCUAAAGUUGUCCGUAGUGUUCAUUACUGUCCAGCAACAAACAAAACUUUAGAAAGAAGAUAUACUGAUUUGACUUCAUAUGAAGCUUUUCCAUCAAGUUCUGUUUAUUUGACAAAGGAUGAAGAUGGAAAUGUUCUUGAAACAGAGUAUGGUCUUUGUACAUACAAAGACCAUCAAACAUUUUCUAUUCAAGAAAUGCCAGAGAAAGCUCCUGCUGGACAGCUUCCAAGAAAUGUUGAUGUUAUUGCUGAUGGAGAUUUAGUUGAUAAUUGUAAACCAGGUGACCGUAUUCAAGUUAUAGGAACAUAUCGUUGUCUACCAGGGAAAAAAGGAGGAUUUAGCACUGGAACAUUUAGGACUGUUUUGAUUGCUAACAAUAUUAAACGAAUAAGUAAAGAAAUAUCUCCUGCUAUAUAUGCUGACGAUGUAAAGAAAUGCAAACAGUUCAAUAAGCGUAAUAAGCACGAUAUAUUUGAUGUAUUGGCUGCAUCUUUGGCACCAUCUAUUCAUGGUCAUGAAUUUAUCAAAAAAGCUAUAUUAUGUAUGUUACUUGGUGGUGUUGAAAAAAUUUUACCGAAUGGAACUCGUUUAAGAGGGGAUAUAAAUAUUUUGCUAAUUGGUGAUCCAUCAGUAGCAAAAUCUCAACUUCUUCGUUAUGUUCUUCAUACUGCAGCAAGAGCUAUAACUACUACUGGUAGAGGAUCGUCAGGAGUAGGUUUGACAGCUGCUGUCACAACAGAUCAUGAAACAGGUGAUCGUAGAUUAGAAGCUGGUGCUAUGGUUCUUGCUGAUAGAGGAGUUGUAUGUAUUGAUGAAUUUGAUAAAAUGUCUGAUAUUGAUCGUACUGCAAUCCAUGAAGUUAUGGAACAAGGACGAGUUACGAUAGCUAAAGCUGGUAUACAUGCUAAAUUAAAUGCUCGAUGUAGUGUACUUGCUGCUGCAAAUCCUGUUUAUGGAAAGUAUGAUCAAUACAAAACACCUAUGGAAAAUAUUGGACUUCAAGAUUCACUUUUAUCAAGAUUUGAUCUGCUUUUCAUUAUUCUAGACAAGAUGGAUCCAGAGAAGGAUCGUGAAAUAGCUGAUCAUGUUGUAAGAAUGCAUAGAUACAGAGCUCCUGGUGAAAUGGAUGGUGAACCUUUGCCCAUAAAUUCAACUGCCGACUUCUUAACAACUCGCAAUCCUGAUGAAGAAGACAAAGCUACUGUUUCUUUAUACGAAAAAUAUGAUGCACUUCUUCAUGGAUCAAGAUCAAAAUCAACCAGAACAUCUGAUGCAGGAGAACAGAAAACUGAUAGUACUGAUCCAUAUGAUUUUCAAGCUGAAGAUUCCAAUGAUAUUCCACCAAUGAGGAAAGAUAAAUCAGAAGUUCCCAAAACACCUUCUGUUGAAGUUCCUAAAGCAAGAUUAAAAACAUUCCGUUCUUUGUUAUUUAAACUCUUCACUAAGGAGCACAAACAAUCGGUUGCAGUAUCAGCAGUUACUGAUUUUGUCACAAAAGAAUCGCCAGAAGAAUUGUUUACUCCUGAAGAAAUAAUGGCUGCACUCAAUAUGAUGAUGGACAGUAAUCAAGUUAUGGUUGCUGAAAAUACAGUCUUCCUCAUUUAAUGCUAUGUAUAAAGUAUUAAUUUCAUAUAAGCGCUUUAUAUUUUCUUACUACUUUUUGUAAUUUUUUUAAAAUUAAAAAAAAUUUAUAAGUAUUAUUUUGCAUUGUUAAUUUUCUCUUAGAAUAAAA